AUGACAUUAGAUGUAUCACCAGAAGGAGGAGAUAAAAUUGGUGAGCUUAGAACAAGUGUCAGAGACUCAAUCUCAGAAGACAACUCAGGAGGAGAUGGAGUAGCAGCCAUCUUAGGAGAGCUCUCGAAUACGGUUAUGUCGACAUUCGAUAAUGGCGAAGAAACCAGCGAGAGCAUAGUGCUUUGUUCUGGCAUAGGAGAUUCGGAAUCACAAGAUUCAGGAUGCGAGAGCAUAGGAGAAUCCACAACCGGAAUUUAA